GAAACCAUGCCGCGAGAGGCUGGAUUUGUUGGGAAGACUUGGAGCAAGCGAGUUUAAAAGUGAAGUCUUCUAUUUUAAAAAAAGUUGUCAGUCGGUAUCUGGAUGGAUAUUGCACCGGGUACAAUUUUAUUGCUCCUUUCUUCUAUCAUUGGUACCUUUGGCGAGAAGGAAUACAGAUGCACUGCUCAGGAAUUUGAAGAGUGUCUUAGAGCACUAAAUGCGGUCGCGCAAACAGAAGAACUAGCUCUAGCAGUGACUAGAGAGGAAUUGGACAUUGUGUGCAGAAAACUACAGCAUGGUGUUCGCUGCAUUGAUGAUCACAGCUAUCGCUGCUUUUCAGUAGUACAAAGAAGAAUUUUCAACUCAGUUGUAUCGGAGUCAAGACACGUCAUAAACGAUUUGUGCGUUCCAGGAAAGUUACAAGAAGAUUAUUUGAGGUAUGCUCCAUGUUUGAAAAACGUCUCAAUAGAUAUUCGAAAAUGCGCGUAUCAAUACAAGAGACUGAAGAACAAUCAUGGUGACCAAUUCACAGAUCAAGCGAAAGAUGUCAAUGAUAGGUUGAAAAUGCACUGUUGUGUAUUUACAGAAUUUGUGGAAUGCCAGCACAAGCAUCUUUUACGCGACUGUGGAAUUCAAGCAGAGCAAUUUUUUCAGCGACAUAUGGAUCGCAUGUCUGGAUCACUCAUCAAUGAACAUUGUUCACUCUUUACUCAUGGCUCUAACGCAUGUGCUUUCGACAGAAAUUCAACCCACAGGGUUUUUACAAAUCGUCUUUUGUAUAUAGCUGUGUUCUGUAUGGUAUCUGCUCAAUUAGUAACCUAUCCUUAUAAAAGGAUGUUAAUAAAAUGUCUUUAA